AACGUUUGACAGUUUCCGCGCGCAACCAGUGGGCGAAACACGUUACUCAUGCCUUCCGCCGAACACUACGUUCGUAAGCACGACCCCGGUCAACCACAACGAAGGAUAACGAGAGUCCCCAAAUUCAUAUCCAGAAUGAGGGUGACACGUGGAAACGAAAGAAGGGCCGUGGCAUGCAUUCUUCUAGCUGUCUUGGCUGUGGUCGCCGCUGCCUCGUACGACCGAGAGAGGCUUGAGAUCGCCAAGCAGAUUUUAGAAGAGGUUCCGCUUACUGAUGGGCAUAAUGACCUCCCCUGGAACAUCCGCAAGUUCUUACGAAAUCAGAUCAACGAGUUUGAAUUGGACACUGACCUGACUCAAGUGGAACCUUGGUCUAUCUCCAAGUAUUCUCACACCGACUUGCCUCGCUUGAGGCAGGGUAUGGUUGGGGCACAGUUUUGGUCAGCCUUCGUUCCCUGCAGCUCACAAAAUAAAGACGCCGUUCAGCUGACACUCGAGCAAAUUGACGUCAUUAAGCGGCUAGUUGAGAAAUAUCCGCAAUACUUUCAAAUGGCUACCUCCGUUACAGAUAUCUUGGAAGCUCACAAUGCUCGGCCGCGGAAGAUCGCCUCUCUAAUUGGGAUCGAAGGAGGUCAUUCCAUAGCUAACUCUCUUGGAAUACUUCGAAGCUACUAUCAACUCGGCGUCCGAUACAUGACAUUGACACAUACUUGUAACACUCCGUGGGCUGAUUCGUCCAACGAACCUGCAGCUGCUAAUGGCCUAACAGAAUUUGGAGAGAAAGUGGUGAAAGAGAUGAACAGACUGGGAAUGUUGGUGGAUCUAUCCCAUGUCGGUGAGAACACUACCCGGGCCGCGAUUCGUCUCUCAAAGGCCCCCGUCAUCUUCAGCCAUUCGUCUGUAUACAGCCUCUGUGCUCACAAAAGAAACGUUCCCGAUGAUAUUAUACAAUCUUUGAAAGCGAAUGGUGGAUUGAUCAUGGUGAAUUUCUUUCCUGACUUUGUGAAGUGCUCUCCCAACGCAACUAUAUCAGAUGUAGCUGAACAUUUCCACUACAUUAAAACAAUGAUCGGGGCUGACUACGUGGGCAUUGGUGGUGACUUUGAUGGAGUUAACAGGGUGCCACGUGGUCUGGAAGAUGUGUCCAGAUAUCCUGAGCUAUUUGCUGAACUUCUACGCAGUGGACAGUGGACUGUGCAAGAGUUGAAGAAUUUGGCCGGCUUAAACAUGCUACGCGUCAUGCGUCAAGUUGAAAAGGUACGAGAUGACAUGCGAACUAACGGCGUAGAACCCGAGGAACAUCCAGAUUCACCCACGGACAAUGGAAAUUGUACCAGCAACGCUUUCUUCCUUGACUUCGUUUAAGACGGCCUAAAUGUAUACUGAAUACACUUUAAUAUUAACACACUAUAUAUGCAUACACACAAAGUUUCCCUUUAUAUUUUAAAACGUUAUAAAAAAAUAUUAUCCCGGUAGCAGUGAACGGUUCGAUUUCAUUAGUUAAAUUACAAUAAAACUAAACACACAGAUAAAAAACUUCUACAAAGUUUAGGUAUAAUUACUUUCGUUAGGUUUAGUUUUAAAUUCAACCUAACAAUAGCAGAGCAAGUUAUAUUGUGAAGCAGUCAGUGAAAACGCAGCUGAAUUCGAUAUAAAUAAAGAAAAUUACAUCAAAAAAUAGAGCCUAGGUGACCGUAAUAUAUUCAAUGCUUUUGAGAGAUAUUUCACUGGUUUUAUAAGGAACAAGCUGACCGCACUACAAUAUCCUUUCGAUUUGCAAGAUUGCGAUUUUCACUAAUGUGAAUGGUACCGAGUGAACUCAUAAACUAACGAAAGUAAUAUACAGUAAAUAAAUGUCUUCAGAUA